AUGGCCAUCAUCCUCUCUGUCGCACCCCCUACUAUCAAAAUAUUCUGGUCCUGCAUCGGCCUCUACGCUGAUGUUAUCAAGAUCUGCUCGCCUAGCAAGAAACUACAAAGCGUUGCCGAAGAGAUAGCCAGAUUCUGCCGGAAACCUCCUGAGACGGUGGAGCAGGAAUGGACUAGAGGCAUGAAAGACGCCACGUCCCUGGCCGACUAUGAAAAAUGUACAAUGGCGCUGGAUAAGGUACAAAGUCAUGAGACUUGGAAACAAGAGAAAUAUUCCAUAGAAGGAGAGUAUGACCCGGACCUGAUCCAAAACCAUGCCGACAUGCUCCAGAAGGCAAUGGCUUCUUCUGAUCUGAGUGCCCUCCAGUAUCAACUGAGGACUGGCCUGAGUCGCGACCUAGGUGCUAUGAACAGUUUAAGGCUCUACAAACAUUCAUGGUUUGGCACCAAGUUUCUCAUCGACGAUUACAUCAACACCGUUUUAGAGGCCAUCGAAGCAUUUGCGGACCUUACUAUCCGAUACAACCUCCCUAAUGCCGAAGUCCGCUUUUACCAGCAGUCCUUAGAAGAUUCUCUCAAAUUUUUCGGAAGAUCGGCUUUGACCCUCUCUGGCGGAGCACUCUUGGGCAUGAAGCAUAUUGGAGUGGUCAAAACUCUGUGGGAAGCAGAGCUAUUACCAGAAGUCAUUUCUGGAGCAUCAGCCGGUAGCAUUGUGGCAGCCAUUGUAGGGACUUCAACCGAUGAACACAUGUAUGAAGUCCUGGAGCGGUUUCCUUACUCCGAUUUGGCGGUUUUUGAUCCACCGGGCACCACUUCGAUGGGCUGGCUUUCACAGCGAGUCCGAACAUUUCUAUGGUCAGGAGCAUUCUUCGAGAUGGAGAACAUUAAACGAGUGAUGAAGACAUGGCUCGGGGCUAUCACAUUCCGGGAAGCACAUUACAAAACAGGCCGGACCCUUAAUAUCUGUGUCUCGAGUGCUGGCAGUGCUGAACCUAGGUUGCUGAACUAUGUUACUGCCCCCGAUGUGUUUGUUUGGUCGGCGGUUUGUGCCUCCUGCGCCGUACCGAGCGUUUUCGCACCGGUCAACAUCUAUGAGAAAGAUCCCAUCACCAAAAAGGAGAAGCUGUGGAUGCAAAAUGCGCAACAAAUGUUUGUGGACGGGUCUUUGGAUCAUGAUAUUCCAAUGAGAAAGUUGGAGGAGUUGUUCAACGUGAAUUUUUUUAUUGUCUCACAGGUCAAUCCCCAUGUGCGAAGCUUUUUGGAACCCGAGGAGGAAUUUCAUGGAACGCAGCCGCGGUCAGCCGCUCCUUCGCGAACCUGGCUACAAGGGGCCAAAGCCUUGUUGAGGGAGGAGGUUAUACACCGAUCCCAACAAAUGGCGGACAUUGGUUUGGCUCGAAGGUCCAUCCGCUGGGUGUCGGUCAUCAAUCAACAGUACACGGGCGAUAUCAAUAUCUAUCCGGAGAUCAGAACGCGCGAGUACUUCCACAUGAUGAUGAACCCGACACCAGAGUUCAUGAUUGAGGCGACGAGGGCUGGUGAAGUAGCGACUUGGCCUCGGAUGUGCCGGAUCAAGAAUUGCGUGGCUAUCGAACUGGCUUUACAACAGGCAAUCCACCGAUUACGCGAUCGAGUCAACUUUGGGCCGGAAGCUAGAGCAGCGCGAGAAGCAAGGCCGAGACGAUCACUCAGCAGAGGCCGUGCAGGGCGUGGCAGGUCAGCUCGGCCAUCAUUUCUUCGGCGGAGGAGUCUCAGCAUCGAAUCGCCUACUCAGGAGGAUGAGGCAAUGUUACCCAUGAGACCUCUGCGGGUUCGGCGGAAUGCCAGCAUGGGCAGUAUUGUGUUGAAACCCAUGACAUCGGCUUUAACGGGCGGCCGGAGUCGACCCUUGCUAUCGCCUCAGGCUGGUGUUGCCAGUGACCUUCUCGGAGAUGCGCUGGUGAUGACAGCGGUGACUCCAACCGACAGGAAGACCGUUACCAUUAGCAAUGGGCUAGAGUGA